GUCAUCCUGAGACAGAAAAACUCCACUUUGUUUAUGUGCGUGUCGUCCCUGUACUUCAAUAAAUAAGAGCCCUACGUGCUAUUGAAGCUGCUAAAAUGGAAAGGUACCAGAUAAUUGAGGAAGUUGGUAAUGGUACGUUUGGAAAUGUUUGGCGUGCACUUAAUAAACAGACUGGUGAAGUGGUUGCGAUUAAAAAGAUGAAGAAGAAUUAUUAUUCGUGGGAAGAAUGCAUAAACUUGAGAGAGGUCAAGUCUCUGAGAAAAAUGAACCAUCUGAAUAUUGUGAAGCUCAAGGAAGUGGUUAGGGAGAAUGAUAUUUUGUACUUCGUGUUUGAAUACAUGGAGUGCAAUUUAUACCAACUUAUAAAGGACAGAGCAAAGCUUUUAUCAGAAUCCGAAGUAAGAAAUUGGUGCUUCCAAGUAUUUCAGGGACUUGCUUACAUGCAUCGACAAGGAUAUUUUCAUCGCGACCUUAAGCCAGAGAACUUGUUGGUUAGGAAAGAUACAAUUAAAGUAGCUGAUUUUGGUCUUGCUCGGGAGAUCAACGCUCAGCCUCCAUAUACGGAAUAUGUAUCAACACGUUGGUAUCGUGCUCCUGAAAUUCUUCUCCAGUCACCAAUCUAUGGUCCUGCUGUCGAUAUGUGGGCAAUGGGUGCUAUAAUGGCUGAGUUGUUUAGUCUUCGUCCUCUGUUUCCGGGCUCAAGUGAAGCAGAUGAGAUCUACAAAAUAUGCAGUGUCAUUGGGAGCCCGACCAAGAGAGACUGGGCUCUGGGACUUGAACUUGCUACUGCUAUUAACUACCAAUUUCCACAGAUUGCUGGUGUAGAUCUCUCCUUGCUAGUUCCGUCUGCCAGUGAAAAUGCUAUUAGCCUAAUCAAGUCACUUUGUUCAUGGGAUCCUUGUAAGAGGCCGACGGCGAUUGAUGCUCUUCAGCAUCCUUUCUUCCAGAGUUGCUUUUAUGUACCUCCAUCCCUACGCGCAAAGGCUGCUGUUGCUAAGACUCCUCCUUCUGCUGGCAUGAUGAGGGGUGCAUUGGAACAGAAGUACAAGUGGUCGUCUGGGUUGUUGCACAACCCUAAACCCAGCGGCAACUUCUCUACUGUCAAGUCACAGGUGCCCUUUAACACAGGUGUACAAAGGAAGCUGGAUAUGAGUUAUCAGGAUGCAACGAGGAACGAUAAAUCCCUGCAACGUUCUGUUAACCAACAACCAAAAUAUCGACCUCCUGGAAGGAACGUUCCAAUGGUUGGUUCUGGAGUGAAGAGUUUUGUUGUUUCUGAUGCAGCUGAGAAACUGGUGAACGCGAGCAUUUUCUCUGGUAGAGGACCUAUAAAGCAGCCAAGAGAUAUUUCUAUUUCUAUUAUAUAGAAAGAUGAAGCCAAGAACGACCAAGGGUAGUUUUGACCAUUCACAAAAACUAUCAAUAACUCCAGUCCGAUAUCCCUGGCAAGUUGCAGAGUUUUGAUUUACUCAAUGCCUCGUGUGUGCAUCAUAACGUUGAAGCAAAAGAAAUCACGUGUAUGUUUCUAAAUAUGUGAGCCCUAUUUUAUUGCUUGCCUUAGGAAGAUUAUCAGACAAGUAUUUCUUUUUCCCCCUGGAUCAGAUCACUAUACAAGUUGUAAAUUUAGCAUUCAAGACAAAUUCAAA